GUAGGAUCUACUAUAGUCCCGGGCAGCCACGCGAACACACUCGUGCUCCCUGACAGGAGACAUCCAUCUGGAGAGGUAAGAUUAAUAGUAUGUAAGUCUGAUUCUGUCGAUGUGCUGAUACUUUACGCUUGUUUUGAAUAAGGAUCCUCUGACUUUCUCUCUAUAGCAGGGAAGCUACACCUUUCUCACAAGCAGCAUCUAAAACGGCUACAAACUUUAGGACUCAUUUUACUUUGUAUAACAGCUUUUUGGUUCUGAUCGUGGUGUAUUUACUAUACAAUUUUUGAGGAUAUAUUUGUAAUGGUGCUUGAACAGAUAGAUGUUAUUUUACAAUAUUUUGGCAGCUGCGAUUCAUGGUGAUGAUGAGUAUUAUGGCGAUAUCCUUCGAUGUGUGGUUUGGCCUGGAAUGUAAAUAGAGAGAACAACGUUGCAGCAUGUGAAUUUCCUCACGGUCAAAGCAGGUCUAUAUCUCAAUGUGGAGAUGUAUUUUCUCUGAACAUUUGAUAACUUUGAACGACUGCAAUCCGUGUAAAUAACAAUUUCAACACUUGGUGUCAGUGUAGUUCAGUGAUUCUGUGCAUCUGGCAGCACCUUGCGUCACGAGCUACAUUUGGACCGGGCCCUUGCAUUUCACUCAGCAUUUGAGCGCAAGAUCGCGAUUGGCAACGAGUGUUUUAUUUUCAGCAGUUUGGUGAAACAAAAGACGCUGCAUCGUUUAGAAACAUGGCGGUUUAGGUGUCAUUGACAUCACGAAGAAAUUAAUGGACAGUUAUUUGUCACGUUCAAGUCAUGGAACAAAGAGGACGCAAAGCAUGGAGGGGCCGACAGUUUUGUUUUUUCUUCAUGGUUGUUUUGGACGUUGUAUGCAACGGAGCUUCUGCACAGAUCAGAUAUUCCAUAUCUGAGGAGGUUCAACGUGAAACAGUCGUCGGGAACAUAGCUAAGGAUUUGGGGCUAGAUAAGAGCGCACUCAAAGACAGAGGAUAUCGCAUUGUAGCAGGCUCAACGGAGCCCCUGUUUCACCUGAAUCAAAACGAUGGUAUAUUGUAUGUGACAAGAGGAAUAGACAGGGAGGAGGUGUGCGACCGGACCAGCCCAUGUUUGAUCAAUCUGAAAACCGUGUUAGAAAACCCACUGGAGAUCCACUACGUGGUAGUGGAAAUACUUGAUAUAAAUGACCACUCGCCUGUUUUUCCAGAGAAAGAGAAAAGGCUUGAGAUUUCCGAGUCGGCCUUAACAGGAGCGAGAUUUCAACUACAGGCUGCGCACGAUGACGACGUAGGACAGUUCUCAAUACAGCAAUAUAGACUCAGUCAUAACGAAUAUUUUAGAUUAGAAGUCAAGGAUAGAGGCGAGGACCGUAAAGUACCCUUUUUAGUCCUGCAGAAGCAGUUGGACAGAGAAACGGCCGGGAAACUUAAGCUACGUCUAACAGCAGUUGAUGGAGGAAAACCGGUGAAGUCGGGCGCUAUAGAUAUUAUUGUGGAUGUACUGGAUGUUAAUGACAACUCCCCGGUGUUUAUCAAAGAGUUUUAUUCUUCCACACUGAAGGAAAACGCCCCCGUUGGCACUGUGGUGAUUCAGGUAAAUGCAACCGAUUUGGACCAGGGUGCAAAUAGCGAAAUAAUAUAUUCAUUUGGUCACGAAGUUGAUUCAAAAGUGAUUAAUGUAUUUACUAUAGACGCACACACUGGUGAAAUUAAGGUAACCGGUCAAAUAGAUUUUGAGCAAAGUAAAAGUUAUGAAAUUGACAUUCAAGCGUCUGAUAAAGGACAAGCUCCUCUUACAACUGACAAAAGUGUUAUGAUAACUGUUAUUGAUGUUAAUGAUAAUGCACCUGAGAUAGAAGUGACAUCAUUUUCUAGCUCUAUCAAGGAAGAUUCAAAGAUAGGAACUACAGUUGCCCUGAUCAGUGUUAAUGAUUUAGACUCUGGAGACAAUGGCAAAGUCAUUUGCACGAUCAAAGAAGAAGUGCCGUUUACUUUAGCCCCAUCGUUGCAAGAGAACAUGUACGCUGUUGUGACCAGGUCGCAGUUGGACAGAGAAAAUGUUUCCCAAUUUGAUGUAACAAUUAUUGCAAAAGAUUCAGGUGAUCCGAUAUUUUCAUCUGAAAAGACGAUAAGCGUUGUGGUAUCAGAUGUAAAUGACAAUCGUCCAGUGUUUUCAUCCAGCCCCUAUGUAUUUUAUGUCACCGAGAAUAACAGCCCCGGAGCCUCCGUAUUUUCAGUAAAAGCCUUUGACUGUGAUGAGAGUGAUAACGCUCUCAUUUCUUAUCAUAUUUCCAGAGAAGCAAGCGGAGAUAAUAAAUUCACCUCAUUUCUUAAUAUCAAUCCUGAAAAUGGAGAUAUUUUGGCUUUAAAAGGUUUUGACUUUGAAACUCUGAAAACGUUCCAGUUCCGAGUU